AUGCGCGCUUCCAUUGUUCGAAGAGCUAUGCUUAGCCCAGCUUCCGAGCGAGGCUUUUGGCCCAAGAUACGCCAUCAAGAGGAGGCUGGAGGCCGUCAUGACGUUUCCGCCGAAGGGACGCUACGGAAAGCAAUAUCGCUUCUUCACUUCGCCCGGUUACGGCAUUCAGACGAUUUGCAGAACGGCAACGACCAGGUUGGCGAUGAUUAUCUUGAAGAUCCUCUCGCUGACCUUGGAGAUCCUGGCUUAUUUGCUUCCACGGGCCCCGAAGAGAACAUCGACUUCCACACGAGUUUCGAGGGGAUGCUUCUGAUUAGCCAGGGCUUAGGCCCGAUGGCACUUCCGGAAAUCGGACAGGCUGACAACUUCAGCAAUGAUUCUGGUUUUCAAGGCGGAAUUACAAACGCUGCUUCUCCUCUCACUCAUGGACCCGCCACUGGCGACACCGCCAUGGAGGUAUUUUACACUGUCAAGGGCAGCAGCAGCAGUCCAACAGAAACGCUCCUGGCAGUCACGCCCCUGGACAAGACAUGGCGAACAUGA